ACGCCGGUAAAUGUAGUCAUCAAAAGCGUCAAAAAUGGUGGACGUUCAGCCUCCGCCUUUCCGAACCCUGGACGAUUUUCUGCUGGGCUCGGCCCGGUUCUCAGUGCCUGAUGUCCGUAACUUAGAUCGCUGGAAUAACCGGAUCAUUAACAACCUGCUGUAUUACCAGUCCAACUAUUUCGCCUCCGCCGUGUCUUUUCUGCUCGUAGUCGGGUAUUUCCAGCCACUCCAGUUGAUUCUCGGGGCAACUGUGGUGAUCCUUCUGUUUUUGGGCUUCGUCUGGGCGGCUGAAAACAAGGCCGUAAUCCGACGAUUCCGGAGAAAUCAUCCAUCCCUGUCCCUCGCUGCAAUUUUGGGCUCCAGCUACCUCCUUCUGUCUUUUUUAGGAGGGGUGGCCGUGUUCCUCCUUGGCAUCGCCUUCCCCAUUUUAAUGAUCAUUGUCCAUGCUUCAGUGAGACUCCGAAACCUUAAGAAUAAACUGGAGAAUAAGCUGGAGAGCAUAGGAUUGAAGAGGACCCCUAUGGGCCUGCUGCUGGAAGCACUGGGACAGGAGCAAGAGGCUGGAUCAUAGCUGUGUUUACCGUUAUCGCUCACCCCUUCUGUCCUGGGAGCUUCUUUUAUGUCCUUAAAAUAUAUAUGAAAACAGAUAUGUAUGGCAUAUUGCUAAAGUGUCUCAGAAACGCAAGAAGGGCCCCGUGGAUUAAAUUAUGAAGCAGUACAUGAAGGAUGGCAAGAUUACAGGAUCAGGUGUAUAUAACUAUUAGGUGUCCAAAUGUAAAAACAGCAAUAUAAUGCUUUGUAUACAGGAUUUAAGUUAGUGUUAAUCAAUCGCAUUUUUUAUUUGAGCAACAAUCAAUUUGGUUUUCUUUGCCUACAUUAUUAUUCCAUCCUUAAAUGUGUUUUCUGUUGAUUUUGUAAGUUGUAUUUGAAGGAUAUCUGCAGACAAGUGUCUUUUUUUUUUGCCUGUGUGUUACAUGACCAAAUAUUGUUUUUAACCGAUUGGGUUUUAUUUGACGUUAUUUUAUUUUUUUUAACCAAGCUGUGCCAUGCCAGAAGUUGCGUUUGCUGUCUUACAAAAGUGCCAAGGUUAUUGCAACACAAAUUAGCGACCAAGAAUAUGAAUCAUGUGCUCAUUUGUGUGGAUUGUGAAUCUCGAAUUGUUGGGGAAAAUGUCAGAGAGAUGUAACCGUAGACAUAAAUAAUCUAAACUGAUGUUACAGAAGACCUAACAGACCACAGUUCUGACUGAGAAGUAUAGUAAUGUGUACAUAUGUGACCCCCGGACCACAAAACUAUAAGUCAUAAGUAGCACGGGUAUAUACAAAAUUGAAUGGCAAAAAUCAUAUUAAGUAAAGAUCAUGUUGUGUACUUUUCUUGCUUAAUUUUUGAUAAGUAAUAUGCAUUGCUAAGACAACUUUAAAUGCAAUUUCAUCAGUAUUUAAUUUUUUUUUAGCUUUCAGAUUCCUGAUUUUCAAAUAGUUGUACGCAUCUAGGCCAAAUAUUGUCCUGUAGUUUUAAACUGGCUGGUUUUGUUGUCUAGUGUCACAUGCACUUAUUCUCACUUGAUUCGAGUCGUUUCAUUCUGUUGAAGCUUUGCUAAAGUGUUCAUUCCUUACAUAAAACGAAGCAAUUUGUAUUCCCUGCAUAUGUAAUGUUUACAACAUCGGCUGCCUUGUAUCUUCAGGAAACGCUCGUCCAUUGCAGUGAUUAAAAGAAAUAAACUUUCAUAGAUCCGC